AUGCUGCUAGUAUACGCCCUCUCCUUUAUUCCAUUAGUGGACGCAUGGACCUUCCUUUGGACCAACGCCACGGGCAAAGCUACCAUCAUCCACAAUAGUACCCAGCACCAAAAGUGCACACAGAUCAGUCUCGCACAAGGCAAGUUGUUUGAAUGGGAUCCUGAGAGUGAGGGAGUUUGCGUCGGCAUAUACUACGAUACCGAGUGUAAAACGGCCGGUGGUCUUACGUGUGGUGCGUGGGACAAGAAUGCCAGCACGAACUUCGAUGCCAUUUCAAUCUUCCCGUCAGAUCAGUCUGCAGCUGUGACAGUCGGGCCUGCUCCAACCACAACGGCGGAAUCCUCAAGCUCCCCAGCAUCGACUGCCGCAACUACUACCUCCUCCUCCUCCUCCACCUCUUCUUCCUCCACUUCCUCCUCCACACCUCCUUCGACCAGUGUUGCAACGACAGGUAACAAGUCAUCGUCGUCUGGCUCGUCUCUCUCGGGCGGAGCAAUAGCAGGCAUUGUCAUCGGAGUAGUAGCCGGUGUCGUCCUAAUCGCCGCUUUAUUCUUCUUCGUUGGCCGACGGAACCGCAACAACAUAGCUGCUGCUGCGAACGCGCAGGCAGAUUCCAUGCCUCAGGGUCCCUAUGCACCACAGGGUCCAACGCCAGAUGGAAAGUAUGCACAAACUUCAUCAAUGGAUAAAUCUGAAAAGCCGCCAACCUCAUCGUCUGGUGUGCCCUUAACCCAUCCUGCUUUAGGGUCAAGGGUGGCGGAGAUUAGUGGAGACAAACCGCCUGCUGAGAUGGCUCACACUCCGGUAAUGACCGCGCUUGAACUUGAAGGGACAAGUGCCGGUAAUCGACAGUUUUACAGAUGA